CCGUUCCCUCGCCGGUGUCCUUUUCAUGUUAGGUUUCCCUGAGCCUCUGACAUAGGUAUGUUUUUACUAUACGUUAUACGCUUUUUAGUGAAAGUCUACCCAGUUACAACAACUGUAUUUGUCUCCUGAAUACUCUAGAGAAGUGCUUAGUAGAUUUCUAGGUAGCUCGCUAACUAGUUAGUAACGUUAGCAAGGAGGCAAGAAUUGGGAGAUACGGGGCAACAAGAGGAGGAGUCCUGUUUUGGAAGAGCUGAUGCCAUGGCCAUAGCCGAGGCAUGGGAGUGACGUGACAGCGCUGGUCCUGCAUCCAAAAAAAACACCUUACCAGCAUCAUGUUUUUUCUGCUGAACUAGAGGCAGAACGCACAGAGAAUGGACGAAUCAGUAUUGUUGGAUUUGCUUGAGUGCCCUGUUUGUCUGGAGCGGCUGGAUGCCUCGGCGAAGGUUCUUCCCUGUCAGCACACCUUCUGCCGUCGAUGCCUCCAAGGCAUCCUAGGCUCUCGCGGAGAGCUGCGAUGCCCUGAGUGCCGGACGUUGGUGGAGUGUGCUGUGGAUGAGCUCCCCAGCAACAUCCUCCUUGUGCGCCUGCUGGAUGGGAUCAAGCAAAGGCCUCGAAGGGCUGGUCCUGGGGCAGGAGUCUGCACAAAUGGUACGUCUGGAGCAGUGGCCCGAGCGCACAGCAGUGGUACCAGGGACCAGGGUACACCAGGAGCACAACCCCAGCGAGCUCAGGCCAAGAGCACCCUUGUCCGGGGCAUACCCCAGCUCCCGUGUGCCAAGGCGCUCUACAACUACGACGGCAAGGAACCAGGAGACCUCAAGUUCAGCAAGGGCGACAUCAUCAUCCUGCGCCGACAAGUGGACGAGAACUGGUACCACGGUGAGAUGGGCGGAGUCCAUGGCUUCUUCCCCACCAACUUCGUCCAGGUUAUCAAGCCGCUGCCACAACCGCCACCUCAGUGCAAAGCCCUCUAUGACUUUGAGCUGAAAGACAAGGAGGCAGACAAGGACUGCCUGCCCUUCUCUAAGGACGAUAUCCUGACUGUGAUCCGCCGAGUGGAUGAAAACUGGGCAGAGGGAAUGCUGGGAGAUAAAAUUGGAAUUUUUCCCAUCUCAUACGUCGAGUUCAACUUGGCAGCUCGUCAGCUUAUAGAGUUGGACAAGCCGUCAGACUCCAGCGGAGACUCUGGCGAGGGGGCCUCCUCAGGGCCCCAGAGCAAUGGUGCCCAGCGGGCAGGGGAGAAGAAGAACAGCAAGAAGCGACAUUCCUUCACCUCUCUCACCAUGUCCCACAAACCCGUGCUAGCUCCUCCUCCCCAGCGGCACUCCAUGGAGAUUAGCGGCCCGGUCCUCAUCAGCUCCAGCAACCCCACAGCGGCUGCUAGAAUCGGGGAGAUCAGUGGGGGGCUUUCCUGCAGCGCACCUUCACAGGUACACAUUUGCACAACUGGACUAAUCGUGACCCCUCCCCCGAGUAGUCCUGUUACUACAGCAACGGUCUUCACAUUUCCCUCGGAGACGAGCUACACGCCCAUCCCUGUGGAUGCUCUCCCACCACCCCCUCCUCCUCCCCCGCAGUCCUCUGUCUGCGGAGCAGCGUAUUCAUUGGCCGCCGGACAGAGACCCUCCCCCAGCAUAAGCGACCAAAGUGGGAGACAAAGACCCACAGUCUAUGUGGCGAUGUUCCCAUAUACUCCCCGUAAGGAGGAUGAGCUGGAGCUGAGGAAGGGAGAGAUGUUUCUGGUGCUGGAACGUUGUCAGGAUGGCUGGUUCAAGGGCACCUCCAUGCACACCGGCAAGAUUGGAGUCUUCCCUGGGAACUACAUGAGUCCAGUCAGCAGGACAGUGUCAGGAAGCACGCAGGCCAAAGUGCCCUUGAGUCUGUGCACUCAGGCUGGCAGGGGGGUCACAAUCGUCAGCCCCUCUUCUGCUCCACUCGGGGCCAUUGUUGCAGGGCCCGACUUCAACAAACCCCUCGCAGUGUGCUCCGGCUCUGUAUCUGCCAGCUCCCAACCUGCAGCUGUGGUCACAGCAGCUCAAACGGCUACGGGCCAGCAGCCAAAAGUCCCACUGCACGUCAGCUCACAGAUGACUGUGAACCAGGCCCGCAAUGCAGUCAGGACAGCUGCAUGUCACAGUCAGGACCGGCCCACAGCAGCAGUGACACCCAUCCAGUCUGCCACACCGGUGACCUAUCUCCCACACCUUGCAGUGUGCCCACAGCCCCCCUCUUGUCCCGCCCAAGGCUGUACCCGGGGUGGAGUGGCAAUGGGCUGUGCCGCUGCAUCCCUGACCCCACCCAAUGUCAGCGCAGCAUCCCUGGAGGGUGACGCUUUGAGACCAGUACCUGUCCUCACUGUGCCUCUCGGUGCUGGAAACAGCUCUGCUCUGAAUCCCGUCACUAACAACGCAGCUCUCGCCUGCAGAUUGGACGUCAAGAGAGAAAAGAAAAGUCUUCUCAAGCUUCUGUCCUCCAAUAAGAAGAAGUCUCGUCCUUCACCCCCCUCCUCUCCCACCCUUGAGGCAGAACAGGCUGCUGCUGCUGGAGAGGCGCUACAAGGUGCCGUGGGGCCCGACACCUCCCCUCCCUCUGGCUCUGUCAACUGCGUGGAGCCCGAACCUUCUAACGCUGUUGCCUCUGCCUCGUCAUCCUCCUCCUCAGCCUCAGACUCCUCCCAUCGUAAGAGCACUCCACUUGACGGAUGCGCUCCUAUCGCUCCUCCUCCUCGUCAGCCGUGCUCCUCUCUUUUAUCUCAGCAACAUGACGCACGGCCCAUCAUAUGUGAGAGGUACAGGGUGGUGGUAUCAUAUCCUCCCCAGAGCGAGGCUGAGCUGGAACUCAAGGAGGGCGACAUUGUGUUUGUUCACAGGAAGAGGGAAGACGGCUGGUUCAAAGGCACGCUGCAGAGGAACGGCAGGACCGGACUGUUCCCCGGCAGCUUUGUAGACAGCAUUUAACACAUACACACACACACACACACACACACACACACACAGCAGAGCGAUCACAACCACCACCAUGACCCAGCUGACUGCUGCUAGCCACCGUACAAACCAAACACAUCAGCACAAAUGGCAAGGUUGCUGGGGACAGAUGGACGUUUCUCAGAGCCGGCUGCAGCUCUUGUAACUGAAAAAAGAACAGUGGCACAUGAGAGAGAGAGAGAGAGAGAGAGAGAGAGAAGAACAGGACAUGUCAGUGAAAGCACAGUGGACAGAGUUAGACGAGAGCACACGACUCAUGAACUUUUCCUUUUUUGUUGGUUAUUUAUAUCUUUGUAACAAUUCAACUGUUAAAUGUGUGCCUUGUACUGUUCCUCACUUUAUUGUACAUACGGACACAAAGAUGAUUAGUCCUAAAACAACCAGUAUGAACUGUUGAUAUAGAUAUGUUACACAUUUUUAACUUAUUUCAUAGAUUGGCCUUUUUUUUUUUUUUUUGUAGUGCAGCACAUUAAUGGGUUAAGCUGGCACACGCCUUAUGCCAUAUUCUACCACAUCAAAUAUACUUUUUUACCUUAGACUGCUGAUUUUUCUCUUUUUUUCAUCAUUUCAAACUGUCAGCAGAUAAGAGAAGGUAAAUCAGAUUCAGCAGGGCAGAACAAAUUAGCAGUGUCAUCAUCACUUGUGCUGUAUAGUAGGAAAAAAGGACACUUACCCCCCCUCCCCCCAGCUCCGAAGGCAUUACCUUAAACCUGAGAGAUCUGCCGUAUUGCACAUGUGAAAGUUGCACAUCGCUGAAUAUUCCUGCGGGGUCGCUCACAGGCCUCCGGAUUGUUUUCUCCCGGCACGGCUGAGGCUGAAGUGCGAAGGACUCGUUACCCGCGGCGAUCAAAUAUUUGCAUGUGAUUAGCAAAGCCAUGGGUGAGAGACGAAGUGGCGAUAGAUGUGUUGCACGAUUGUUUGGUUCUGCCUUCUUUUCUUUUUUUUAAUACAUGAAAGAAAAAAAAAACACUCCAGAAUAGACAUUGCAGUCAAAUAUUGCUUACUUUGUACCUUCUUUGUAUUUACUGACCAAGAGUAGCUGCUCUCCUACCCCCCCCCCCCCCCCCUCAUCGGCAACAGCCAAUCCCAGACGUAGCUCUACAUCACAAGAGCGACAUAACAUUUCAGUAUCGGCAUUGCAACAGGUUCUUUUUUCAGUGUAUAUUUAUGUUUGUUACAAAUUCCACAGAGGCUGAGACCUGCUGCUCUUAAAGAGUCUGUCAUAUAAACUUAACGCAGUAAGGCACACAGGAUACAGUCACCCUUUCAAACAGGUUCUCAACUUUUCUAUAUUAUUAAAACUCAUUCCUAAUGUGACUCGUGGCAAUAAAACACAGCUAGCUAAAACACAGAAUGUAACUUAUCAUCAUGUCACUCCAUGGGAAGAGGCGUGUGGUGUAAUUCUGUGAAAUCUCAAAAAGUUUUUUUUUUCUUUAAAUAGAAAUCAAUCACUUUGACCCCCUUGAUUUUUCCUUAUUUUUGUGGUUGGGUUUUUUUUUUUUGUUGUACAUUACGUCUAUACAAAGUUUUUAAUGUAAAGUGUUGUAUUGACUUGAAUUACUGUAAGAUGUCUUUGUGAUUGGAGGGGAUUCGGGGGGUUGUUUUUGGUGCUUGUUGAACAUAAAAAAAGACUGAGCAGUUUUACAAUGAGAAUGAAAAGUAGUCAAAUCAAAUAUGUCAAUACACAACUCCUCUUUUCCUUAUGUGUUCAAAAAAAUACACUUGGGUAAAGAAAUGAAAUUCUACAGAGUAAAGGUAAUAUGAGGUAACAUUUUAGACUGCCCCCUCCUGCCUUGGUGGACCCUAUAACAGUUAAUGUAAUGUGACUUGUAUAUCUGAACUUAAACAAGUCCCAUGAUGUCUGAAGGGGGGGUAUUUAAACACUUAAUCACUUAAAUCGUGCCAAAUUUGAUAUUUGGCUCAGAUAAUGAAUUUACUGACUGAAUUGGACCCAGAGUUUCAAGUUGUUUUUUUCUAUAUUGUGUUUUGUUGUUAAUUGAGGGGGACCACUGUGUAACUGACUGCUGGAAUAUGUUGUAGAUUGUUUGAAAAUUUGAAGAGCGUGUUGGAAAAAAAAAAUGAUGGUACAAAUCACUGUUAGGGCCUUUUUUUUUUGUUUGUUUUUUCUGAAUUGGUACUUAUGUAGAACUAACCUGAUGUUGCAUCGUUGUCUUGGCAAUCACCACACCAACCUCAGGCUCUAAGCUGAAAUCUUCCUCUUGAGUGUCUUUUCAUUUCACUGGUAAGCCUUUAAUACACACAUCGAACUUACUACAACACACACACUUUAUCAUGACAUAUGCACUAUCAUAACGACUCUAAUCAUACUGACUUCAUGCAUAUGCUGCACAGUUUCAGACUCAAAAAACAUGAAGCAUUUCUUUCGGUAGUUAAUUGAAUUUCAUGUAUCGGAACACAUGGCGAUUUAAGCUCGCUUGAUUUUAACUUAACAGAUGCCAAGGUGACUUACUUGAUUUUUUUUUAUUUUUAUUUUGUAGUUAGUCUGUAUGUCUGAAAAUGGUGAAACUGAAAUCAAUCUAUUUGGCACAAGUGUAUUAUGUGAAAAAUAUUCUGAAGUAUUUGAGGGAAUAGCACAUUUUGUAAAAGUCUCUAUAACAAA